CCAUCAUUCACCACAUCCCGUCCUUGAUUUAUGCUGACAGUGGAACCCCAACGCUAGGAAAGGACGAUAUGCCGAUUCGCUGCAUCAACACCGGGAAGAACUACGUCUUUUGCUGCCAGUUCAGGAAGGAGGCAGGUGUACGGGAGAGGGUCAUCGACAUCCGGAGGUGCGUUAUCGCUCUCAAGCACUACGAAGAGCGCCGAAAGGGCGCGCGCUAAGUGUGUGGAAAAGGGGUGCAUGUGCCUGUGUGGGGUUCGUCGGGGCUGAUUUCUGCUAUUACUACACCAAAGAUUUGAACGACUAGAAAGACUGGAAGGGCCAGCUCUCACAGGCAAUUCACCGAGGUGGUAUGGCAACAAGAUGCCCUCCUUGGGCAACCUCGACGUCGAAUUGAAGAACGUGUUAUCAGUGAUAGUAGGACUAACUUGGGGUAUUGUCUUCAAGAUGACGAGUCUACCACGACCUUCACGGUGUCGUACAGCCUUUCGUCUUCCGGUUCUUGCUCUCCUUCCUUUUCUCGCCUGGUCUUUUAUAAGAGCCUCGGCGAGGAUCUUCUGUCACAUACGAC